AUGGCGCAGCGGGUGAGGGCGCUGACGGCGCUACUUUCUGCGCUCCUACUUAUCCUUGUGAGCUGGGGAGGAGAGAGAGGAAGGGAGGGAGGGAGGGAGGAGGAGCUCCAGCUACUUUUCUCUGGUGCAGGAGGAACCGAACUGCUCACUAGCGUUGGUUCCCUGGUGAGGUUGCUUCAGAAAGCUAAGGGUAGGCUGCAUGCCCGUGAGAGGAUAUCAAGCUUGGAAGAUGUUGCGCACAUGGAGAAAGAUGCUCUCGUCCUCCUGCAGUUGCUCGAUGGCAACAUGAGCAGUACAGCUGUUGUAUGUGACAGGAAACAGGACUACGAGAAUACAAUUUCAAGCUUGAACCAGUUGCUCGAUCAGGUGGCAAAGGACAACACGACCAGGAGCCUUCAAGAUCGAGAGAGAUUGUUAAUACGCGACAAGGCAAUCAAGAACUGGCAGGAUGUCAAGGAUGCAUAUGACAACGCCACAAGUUUGCUGGAAAGGACUAGCGCCAUGGUGAACAAGGCGAAGAACAAUUUCGUGACUUUCCAACAGGAGAUGAAAGAUCUGGAUGCAGAGGUUCAAGAAAUACAGAAGGAAAAGUUGGGAGUGGAAGCAAGUUCUAUCAAAACCAUUAGCGACGUGGAAGAUGUUCGGCGUUACGUUGAGCUUCUUCAUUCCGCGAUACAAACAGGGAAUCAAGACGAAUACGAUGAUCGAUUGGGAGAGGUCAUGAAGAUCAUCAAUCGCAUGAGCAUUGAUGACUCGAGAAGAAAGAUUCUGUAUGUUAUUUUCCUCGUCGACAAGCACCUCGCUGACUGA